AAUCGUCACUGCUUAAUGACGUGUCCGUAUACGGCGACGCCAUAUGGACCUCCUACACGCUACUUAUAUAUUAGGCGUAGUGGGUAGUUGGCAGAAUACGGCAGAUUGAUCUACUUGUCUCAACUUCCACUAUGAUUAUUUUAUUACUCUUAUUAGCUACUUUUGUUGUAGCUGAUGAUGAAGAAAUUCCUAUACAAUAUCAGAUGAUGGGGGAUAGAGGAACGUAUGACUUUGGAUAUGAUACUGGUCUUCACGGUGCUCAUUCCCUAAGAAGAGAAAGUAAAGACGAAAGUGGUAUUGUUAGAGGAAAAUAUUCUUAUACGGAUCCUAAUGGUAAAUUAAGAACAGUAGUUUACGAAGCCGGACCAUUUGGUUUUCGUGCGAAAGGUGAUGUUGGACCUGAUGGAUAUCCUGAAGGAGAAGUAGGUAUCCCGGUUAUAAUCGAUGGCGUUAAUGAAACGGAAAGUGGUGACUAUGUGGCUGAUGCAUCAUCUCAUCCGAACAGAGAAACAAAGGGUUACGUUUAUGAUCCGGCUUCACAUCCAUCUGUAGACAACAGACUCUUUGUUCCUAAGCCACCUCCACCUCCGAUAGCUAUUCCCUCGGUUCAUAUUAUCCAUGAUGAAGCAUCUCACCCGAAUAGUAGAUCAAAAGGCUAUGUUCAUAACGUUGUAUCUCCACCAAUAGCUCCUCAUCCACCUCCACCUCCUAUAUCGCGUCCUGUACCGCCAGUGAGAAUUUCGGAGGCUUCUUCGCAUCCUAAUAGCAGAUCUAAAGGCUACGUACAUACUAUUCCUUCUCCUCCUGUAGUGCCUUCUCCUUCACGUCCUGUACCUCCUCCUCCGCGUAUUGUACCUCCUCCUGCUCGAAUUCCAGAAGCCUCUUCACAUCCAAAUAGCAGAUCUAAAGGAUACGUCCAUAAUGUACGUCCUCCUUCAGUAUCUUCUCCAUCUGUGCACGUAAUUCACGACGCUUCUUCUCACCCCAACAGUCGAUCUAAAGGUUACGUGCACAGCGCACCCGCACCUGUAAUCCGUCCGGCUCCUCCUGCUACUCAUAUACAUGAAGCCUCUUCGCAUCCAAACAGUCGCUCGAAAGGCUAUGUCCACGAUACUUCACAGCAAAGCGUUCAUGUUCACGACACUUUCGUUCAUCGAAAGCCUGAAAGAGGUCAAGUGCAUCAGGCAUCAUCACAUUCAGGCAGUCGUAGCAAAGGCUACGUUCCACCCAUUCUUCCAAGAAAAGUUGUAUCACCACCUGUAAAACCAGAAAUCAUCGCCAUUUCUCGAUCUUCGAGUGUUUCUAUAACAAGAUCUUCAGAUAGGAACAAAGGCUAUGUAGGUUCCAGACCUCAAGCAUCUAUUGUCAGACCAGUUAGUAGGUCGACUAACACUAAAGCCUACGUUGGCGGUCCCAGACCUCAAUCCACUGUGCAAAGACCAGUUAGUAGACCAUCUUACGUGAAACCACGUCCAGUUCCACCCGUUCAUAUUCACAGAGCUCCAUCGCAUCCGAAUAGUGAUUCUAAGGGCUACGUUCAUAGUGCAUCUUCACAUCCGGUAGCACCUCCAGUGGUUCAUGUACAUGAUUCCUCAUCUCAUCCAAACAGUCGAUCCAAAGGUUACGUUCAUGAUCCAUCAAUACCCAUUCCCAGUUCUCGUUUUUACGUUAGCGAAAGUAAGAUUCAUUCUUCCAAAACGUCUUCCAGAUCUGGCAAAAGUCAUAAUGUUCCUUAUAUGUCAGCAGAAGAAUAUAUAACUCGUUAUAGAUCUGGAAGAAAUACAAAUUCCUGAACAUUAAAACAAAUGUUUUAGCACCAAUAAGGACAACGAUCAUCGGUUAUAUGUUUAAAAAAAAAA